UGUGUUAUGUGUAACGCAGCGCAGUGCGUGCAAUGUGAACAAGACUUGAGAAAUCAAUAUAAUUUUAUAGUGCAGAUCUAUGUAUAUCUAAACCAUAGAUCAGAGCGUGGUAUUUAAUUUUACUUGACACAAUAAACAAUCGUUCGUUUAGUGAGAAGAACAGAUGUUUUAUCGUUGUGCUUAUUAUUAACUUUUAUUUAUUUACCUUGAAUGAAAAAUGCUUUAUUUUUAAAUAGCUCUAAACUUUAUAUGCUGUAUAGAUUCUGUAUUUCUUUUUUGGGUAUUUUUCGUAUAUUUAUGUAAAUGCUUGUUCUUUACAAAUAAGCUUAUAUCUUAUUCUUUAUAAUAGUUCUUCGGUAUUUAUUAAUUUCCAAUUUGUAUAAACAUGAAGAUAGUGAUUAGUGAAAAAUGGUGUUAAGUCGAAAUGAUAAAAGAAAGAGAAAAGAAGGAGAUUUAGUGGAUCUUAUGGAACCACUUUCAGAAUCUCCAAAGAGAACUAAAGUGCAUGCACAAAGAAAAUUUGCACAAGGAGCAACAAAUGUUUUUAACCCUACACAUACUCCAAUUAAGGAUAAAGAGAAAGCUAAACCAGCAGUUAUAACUGAAUUAAUAACACAUAAACGACCAAAUACAGAAGAUUUCUUAACAUUUCUAUGCUUUAGAGGAACAUCAAUUUUACCUCCAAGUUUAAAUUUUUUCAAUGUUGGAAACAAGAAAGAAAAGUCUGAACCUAAACCAUUACGUACAUCAGUUGAUAAGAAUGUAUGUUCUAGUACUACAUCUAAUGAAAAUCAAAAAUUAGAUACAAGUCAAAAAACUGUUACCAGAGUAAAACCUGCUGUUAAUGAUAAAAAGAAAGUUUCAAGUACAAUACAAAAAAAUAUUAGUACAUUUAAAAGUGCUACUUCUACUGUACAAGCACUCAAGAAAAAAUAUCAGGAACAACGUCUUGCUAAAGAAAGGAUUAAACAUAAAUUUAAAGCAUCCUGUGUUAUGAGAACAAGAUCUUGUACAGAAAGGACUAUGCUAAAAUCCACAAAUCAAUUAGCCCCCAGAAAGUUUCUUCCAAGAAUUGAAACUAAGAGACUUGGUUUAAGGAGCAGUGUACUUGCAGACAAAAUGAAAAAGACUUCUCCAAAAGUUAAAUCUGUUCCACCUAAGCCAAAGAAAAAAGUUACCAUAAAACAAAAUAACAGUGAUACAUCAAAUUCAGACUCUACAUCUGAAUAUGAAGAGGAAGGUCCCUCAGAGAAAUCAGUAUCACAAAUGAAGCGUGCAGUUCAAAAGAAUGUUCAAAAAAAUAUGUGUACUAGAAGUAAAUCUGAAACAAGAAGAAUUACUCGAUCUCAUACUGGGACAAUUUCACCAAAAAAUCUUAAUAAGAGACCAACAAGAAAGACAAAAGAAGCAGCUGCAGUAUAUAUGGAAAUUCUUGGCAGGAAACUUGUAAGUCCUGAUUUAGAAAAUGAUGAUAAUGGAUCUAUGGAUAGUUUUCCAGAAUUACCAAAUGCACGUAAAAGUGCUCAAACAGAAAAUGAAGCUAAAGUUAAAGUAAAACAGCCUGCUUCAAAACCAGUUACUAAAACUAAGGAUGGUAAAGUUACUGCUAUCCACAGUGUAGCGAAAAAACGAUUAGACAAAACUACAGUGAGUAAAAUUGCUUUUAAAAGUAAAAGGCUAAUAAGGGUUCAGAAAUAUUGUGAAAUAGAUAGCGACGAAGAUUCAGUAAGUUCUUCUAAUGACACUAGUAAUAAUAACAGUAAUAAUAACAAUAAUACAAGGCCUGUUACAAGACGAAGUUUAGGAAAAUUAAAUAAACCCGCAAGUCGAUUUCUUCGAUCUUCUACGAAAAAUGUAGUCACGCGAAUUGAGGUUCAAAAUAAUGUAAAUAUUAAACCGAAACCUCAAGUUCAAACUAAUGUACGAUUUAAUAAGGAUAAAUUUGUGAUAAAACGCAAACGAGAACAAAAUUUUACUAAGUCAUUACCUGAGAAAGGUAGUGAAAUAAAGCAAAAAGAAUCAAAGGUGCAAAGUAAUGCAGAUGGAACUGCAGAUUCUGACGAAGAAACUUUAGGAACAGUGCUUAAUAAAAUAAAGAGAAAGAAAGAUGAUCAUCCACAGACUGAAGAAAUUUCUAGUAAUAAUAACAACAACAAUAAUUGUGAUGUUACAGAUAAGGUUGAACAAUCUUUGGAUGAGAAUUCUAUAAAGGUGGAUCUUUCAAAAGUAUCAGAUGAUGAAGAAUCUUUUCGCGGAUUUACAAAGAAAACAAUAUCUAAAGUAUUAAACUCUUGUCAAACCCACGUUAAUGCUAAUCUCCUAGUUGCAGAGAAAACCGAAGAUACACCAAAGCCAACUAAAAUAGAAGAUGAGAAAAAUUCAGAUCCACCUAAUAAAGAAGAAAACACCGAAUUAAUAAGUAAUGAAUCUUUCUUACACAAAACUUCUGUUGUAGCGAAUGUGGCAAAUAAUCAGUGUACCCAAUCUGAAAGAAUGCAAAAGACAAAAUUGAAGUCAUCUAAUGAAAUAGAAUUUAUAAAACAUAUUGAAAAAGAAUGUCACCAUAAACCAGAAAUGUCUUCUGGAAAUGAUGUAGAUAUAUCUUUAUCAACAUUACAUGUAAGGAAAGAAAAAGUGAACAUGUCUACUGAACAAAUUGAGAAAUGGUUAAAUGAAAGUUCAUUUGCUAAAGAAGAGAGUAAGUUGGAGAUGGAAAAUGUAUCUACUUUUAAAUAUGAUAUCUGUGAGAAAAAGGCUGAUGUAUCGCAUUUAUCUAUUUCAACAAAGAUUCAACAUUUGGUAAGACCAGUUAAUGUUACACUUUCAAAGUUGGCAGAAAAGGCAAACGCAAAAGAUCGUAUGAGUAUACAAAGUAAAUUUAUAUCUACUACAAUAAUAGAUACGAAAUCCAGUGAAAUAAAGCAAGAAAAUGAACCUACUAUUGUGAAUAAAAGUAAUGUAGAUUUGAAAGAUGUUAGUAAAGCACGAAAUGCAAAAUUAUGUAAAGAUUUAUGUGCUGGAGAAGAAAGUGAUGUUACAUUAAAAUCUGAUCAAACUGUAACAGAUGGAACUGGUGAAAAGAAAUUGUCAAGUGAGAAGAAGACCAUAUUUCAGCCAAGAAAACCAUUUUUACCAAAAGUUAAAGAACGCAAAACAGUCAUUCCUAAUGCAAAUGCAUUUUCUCCAGAAAAUGAAAGUAGUGUUUAUGCAUUUGAAAGUGAUACUGAAAUUCCAGUUAAUACUCCAUUUAGACGUAAAAUUCGUGAAUCGACCAAAUCAAAUGCAAGUACUCUUUUGUCCGAAAACACUGAACAAAAGUCUGAAAUUGAUACAAAUAAAUCUGAAAAUAAUACAAAUAAAACUGUAGAAAAGAUGAUUAUGGAUAAUAGUGAGAUAUUGGAAUCAAAAGAGACCUCCAAUAAUAUCUCUUCACAAAAAGAAUGUGAAACAGUUGAAACAAAAAAUACAUCAAAUACUACACUGAAUAUAAAUAAAUUUGAAUUACCCAAAAAUUUUGCAACUUUAGCUAAUAUACAAGUACUACCAUUGGAUAAGUUAACUACAACAUGGAGCAAUGUAAAUUGUAGUGCAUCAAUUGCUGUGCAAGUAAAUCUUGAUGAUAAUGCACAAACACAAGAACAAACAGGAGAAGGAGAUUCAAACCAACAUAAAAGUACAGAAAUAUCUACACAAACUGAGAGUAAUAACGAAAAUGAUGAUGAAAAUGAUGGUCAACUAUUUUAUAUACCAUUACAAGCAGUUACAAGAAAUGGACCAAAUUUAGUUCAAGGGCAACAAUUAAUUCAAGGUGUAGCUGUUAAACUUGGUACUGAAGGACCAAAUGGACCUAAUCAAAAAGUUCUUUUAAGAGCUAAAUUAGUUACAAAACCUCCAUCAUCUAUCGCACGUUGUCCUCCCGUGGGUACUGUUCAACCCACAACUCGUACUCCACCAAAUUCUACUUUUGUAACUACAGAUCAUUCAACACCUUCUACCUCUUCAACUGUUACUUCGGUUAUCCCUGCAUCUACUUCUGAAAUUCAGUCAACUUCUCCAUGUAAAAAUGAAAACAUAAUACAAACUGUAAGCAAACAGAACACUGGAAUUUUAUCAAGUACAGGAACAGAAAAAUUAACAAAAUCUCCAAAAACUUCUAGAGAGAGAAAGACUUCCAUUGACUCAAACAAAAAUGGAAAAAGAUGUCAAAUCAAAUCAAAACAGAAAAAUGCUGAAGUUUAUUCACCAUCUAAUAAUGUAACAUUUCCAAGUGCAAAAGAUCUAAACAGUGAAGCAUGUUUAGUUGAAGCUCCAACAUUUCAUCCUAGUGAAAAAGAUUUUCAAGAUCCUUUAGAAUACAUAGAUAAAAUAAGACCAGUGGCAGAGAAAUUUGGAAUAUGCAGAGUUGUACCACCACCUAAUUUUAAACCGGAAUGUAAAGUGUCAGAUGACAUGAGAUUUACUGCUUAUAAUCAAUAUGUACAUCGCAUGCUUCAUAGAUGGGGACCUAAUGUGAAGGAAAUGAUGGCUAUAAAAAAAUACUUGGCCACACAAAGUAUAACAUUGACUCAUCCGCCUUGGAUUGGUGGCAUGGAAGUUGAUUUACCUCAUUUAUAUCAGACAGUUCAAAGCUUAGGUGGAUUAAAGGAAGUCAUUGAAAAGAAAAAGUGGCAAAAAGUAGCUGAUGGUAUGAAGAUACCAAAAUCUGCCCAAGAUCGUGUAACUAAAUUAGAUGACAUUUAUUGUAAAUAUUUAUUACCGUAUGAUACAUUAUCCCCAGAGGAAAGAAGCAAAUUAUUUGAUGAAGUUGAAUCUGAAUGGAUAAAACGAGAAAGUAAAGCUUUGCAGAGACAAAAUGCACCAAGUACUGGAGGAGAUAAUGACGAGGAUGAAGAAGAUGAUAGCUCUGAUGAAAUUGAAGAAUGCAUUGUAAAGGGUAGAAAUAUGCCAUUAAAUGCUUUCUACCGUAUCGCACGAAACACACAGCGUAUGUGGUUUGGUGAAAAUCAACGAUCUGGAAAUGAAGCUGAAGGUGCUUCUGCUGAUGAGGUUGAAAGUGCAUUUUGGAAACAUGUUGCAGAACGAAAACGGCAUGUAUGUGUACAUGCUGCAAGCAUUGAUUCAAGUGGUCGCGGUUUUGGAUUCUCUGUUGCAAAAAAUAGUCCAUUUGCAAGACAUCCAUGGAAUCUUAAAGUACUCACUAAUAAUGCUGGUUCAGUAUUGCGAGCUUUAGGUCCAAUAAUGGGUGUGACAGUACCAACACUUCAUGUAGGAAUGUUAUUCAGUGCAUGCUGUUGGUAUCGUGAUCCCCACGGUCUUCCCUGGAUAGAAUAUUUACACACUGGUGCCAAAAAGAUUUGGUAUGGUAUACCAGAUGAACAUAACAACAAUUUCAGAGAAGCUCUUUCAAAAAUGGUACCACGAUACUGUAAAAAUAAAACUAUAUGGUUACCAUCAGACACAGCAAUGGUUCCUCCUGAAUUGUUAGUUAGUAAUGGAGUAUCAUUGUGUCAUACUGUACAAGAACCAGGACAAUUUAUAAUUGUAUUUCCUAAAGCAUUUACAUCAAGCAUAUGUACUGGUUAUGUGGUUUCUGAAAGUGUUUACUUUGCACAACUAUCGUGGCUAGAAACUGCGGAACAAGUAUUUAAAGACAUACAAGAUAGUUGUGAACCAUCAAUUUUCUCGUUCGAAAGAUUAUUAUUCAACAUUAUUAAUGAUUCUAGAUCUCAUAUAGAAGUGUUAAAACAGAUUUUGCCAAGUGUAAUUAAAAUUCGUGAGAAAGAAAUAAGUUCUCGAAAACAGUUAGUAUCGGUGGGUCUUUUAAAUACAGAAAGAUUACCUCUGCCAGAUAGUGGUAAACGAAAAAAAGGGAAAAAAGUGAAAGAAGAUGAUGGUGAUUUUGAAUGUGAAGUUUGUAGAGCUAAUCUAUUUGUUUCGUUGGUUAGCAAUUCCCAAGAUGACAGUAUUUACUGUUUGCCACACGCAUUGCAAUUAUUUAACAAGAAAAAACAAACUUUAAAACAUUGUACUUUAAUGUAUACGUAUAAUGAGGAUGAAUUGGAUGAGUUAAUUCAUAAGCUGGAAGAAAGAAUUGAAGCCAAAUCUAAAAAGACUAAUCAAAUCAAACAGACAAAGUAAUAAGCCUACAAAAUUAUUUAUUAAAUUAUAUAG